AUGACGUCUCCCACAGUGGUGGCAUCUCCCACGGUCGUGGCAUCUCCCAUAGUGACAGCAUCUCCCAUAGUGGUGGCAUCUCCCAUGACAACGUCUCCAACAGUGGUGGCAUCUCCCAUGACGUCUCCCACAGUGGUGGCAUCUCCCAUGGCAGCGUCUCCCACACGGGUGGCAUCUCCCAGGAUGACAUCUCCCUCGGUGGUGGCAUCUCCUGCGUUGGUGGCAUCUCCCACAGUGGUGGCAUCUCCCAUCACAAUGUCUCCCAUGGUGGUGGCAUCUCCCAUAGUGACAGCAUCUCCCACGGUGGUGGCAUCUCCCCUGGUGGUGGCAUCUCCCCUGGUGGUGGCACCUCCCAUGACAGCGUCUCCCACGGUGGUGGCAUCUCCCGUAGUGACGGCGUCUCCCACAGUAGUGGCAUCUCCCAAAACAGCGUCUCCAACCGUGGUGGCAUCUCCCAGGAUGACAUCUCCCACGGCGGUGGCAUCUCCUGCGUUGGUGGCGUCUCCCACAGUGGUGGCAUCUUCCAUGACAGCGUCUCCCACGGUGGUGGCAUCUCCCACGGUGGUGGCACGGCCCUUAAUGCCAUCUCCCAGGCUGGUGGCAUCCCCCACACCGGCAGCAGAUCCCAUGGUGGUGGCAUCUCCCCGAAAAGUGACAUCGACCACAACGGUGGCGUCUCCCACGGUGGCGGCAUCUCCCAUGGUGGUGGCAUCUCCCACGACAGUGUCAUCUCCCGUGACAGUGUCUCCCACGGUGGUGACAACUCCCACGGUGGCACCUCCAACAGCCAGGGAGUCACCCAAACCAGCGGCAUCUCCCGCGAUGGCACCUCCCACAGUGACACCUGCCAUGAUGGCGUCUCCUGCGAUG